AUGCCAUCAAUUCCCAUUCAAUCGAGCGCGCGCCCACGCCCCCAACCCAUCCCGAAGGCCGAAGGCCGGGUCUGUGACGGGCACCGGCCCUGGCGCUGGCCCACUGCGGCCUCCCCACUUCGCCCCAUCCCUUUCCCCACGGCCGGGCGAGGGGUGCGCCCGCGACACGGUGGCGCGGGGAGCCAGGGCCAGCAUCGAGUCCCGGGCCCGCAGGCGACCUUCCGCGCCCGGCCCUGCCCGCUCCUGCGGGUUCUUCGCCAGGCCCCGGCAGGGCUCGGUGCCCGUUUUCCCAAGAAGUCCGCCUCUCGGCGGCCCCGCCAGGGCACCCAGCUCCGCACGCGCUGCGUUCCCGGCGAGGGGGCCGCAGGUGCGAAGCCGGACGGUGAUUGCCGUGCCAGUCACCCGCUGCCCACGGCGCCCGGUUGGGGCGCGGCCACCACGCGCGAUCCCUCGCCGCGCCCCAUCGCGCCCUGCACCCUGCGCGCCGGCCCGGGAGCCCCGAUCCCGCGCCGCGCCCGCGCCUUACCCUGCGAGCCGGAGCGGGAGGAAGACUGGCCGGAGAAGGCGGCGGCAGCGGGGGCGGCGUCGGGCGCGCCCGGCGGGAGCGCGGCGGCGGAGGGGAGCGGCUCCCACAAUGGCCGAACUCGCGGCGCCGAGCCCCCCACCCCCAGCGUCCUAGCGGCGGAGGUAGCGGAGCCGGCGCAGCCGCCCAACCCGCUCCCCCGCCCCCAGCGCCGACGCCGUCCCCCGCCCCCCGAGGCACUCGCCGCCCUGCACCCCACCCCGCGCCUCAGCGCGCCCCGCGGGUCUGCUGCCCCGUGCCGUUCUGCACUGACCUCGCGUCCUCCUGCUGACCCCGAGCGCCUUCUCUCUGUCGCUCCCCCUGCAACUCCUCCCAGGCGGCACCCAGGGUCCCCUAGGCCAAUUCACACCCCCACAUUACCCGCCCUCGGCUCCGGCGACCUCUCCGCCCUGGCCUGGCGGCCACUCGCUAACCCAGGCCGGCCUCCGGCCUCCCCCCCCCCCCCGGGAGCGCUCUGCAGCCAGGCCCAGAGUCGCUCUCCAGGAUGCCGGCUGCCUCUCUGCCUGAGCCCAUUCUGGAAUAACCUUCGCCUGGCCUCCUUUUGCCCACUUCCCCUAACCCACAUUCUGUCCCCACUUCUGGGUCCCCUCGAGGAGAAUGCCCUGCAGGAAUUGAAUGCAGGAAGAACCCGAGGGAGACUCCAUCUUCCCCGCAGAGAAAAAGGGAAGAGGGGAGCCAGGCCCCAGGCUGGGAAUUCAGACUAUAGAUUAGACCCAGCCAGCCCUAGGCGGAGCCUUGGAGGAAGCUUCAUUCACUGA